UUUUUACGCGGUUACUUGCCAGUCGGCGGUGAGCCCGCUAACCGCGCCUCUUGGAGCUGGUGGUAGGGGAACCGAGGACCUCGUGGAGUUAGAGCCCGGUACUGGUGAAGUGACCCCGGCGACAACUGGGUUCGAGUUUGCCUAUAGGAAGCCCCCGAGUUGGAAACGGCAAGGAAAAUGGUAACUCACUAUCGCCCUGGCUGGUGUGGCUCAGUUGGUUGACCGUUGUCCCAUGCACCAAGAGGUCACCAAUCAGAUGAUCAGAUUCCCAGUCAGGGCACAUGCCUGGGUUGCAGGCUCCCUAGUAGGAGGCAGCUGAUUGAUGUUUCCCUCUCCCUCUCCCUAAAAAAGUCAAUUAAAAAAAAUAAAAAGGGGUAAAAAUAUUUCCAUCAUGGCUCAUUCAAAGACGAGGACCAAUGAUGGAAAAAUUACUUAUCCUCCUGGUGUCAAGGAAAUCUCAGAUAAAAUAUCUAAAGAGGAGAUGGUGAGACGGUUAAAGAUGGUUGUGAAAACUUUCAUGGAUAUGGACCAGGACUCUGAAGAAGAAAAGGAGCUUUAUUUAAACCUGGCUUUACAUCUGGCUUCAGACUUUUUUCUCAAGCAUCCUGAUAAAGAUGUUCGCCUACUAGUAGCCUGCUGCCUGGCUGAUAUUUUCAGGAUUUAUGCUCCUGAAGCUCCUUACACAUCCCCUGAUAAACUAAAGGAUAUAUUUAUGUUUAUAACAAGGCAGUUGAAGGGGUUAGAGGAUACAAAGAGCCCACAAUUCAAUAGGUAUUUUUAUUUACUUGAGAACAUUGCUUGGGUCAAGUCAUAUAACAUAUGCUUUGAGUUGGAAGAUAGCAAUGAAAUUUUUACACAAUUAUACAGAACAUUAUUUUCAGUUAUAAACAAUGGCCACAAUCAGAAAGUUCAUAUGCACAUGGUAGACCUCAUGAGUUCCAUUAUUUGUGAAGGUGAUACAGUAUCUCAGGAGCUUUUGGAUACAGUUUUGGUAAAUCUGGUCCCUGCCCAUAAGAAUUUAAACAAACAAGCAUAUGAUUUGGCAAAGGCUUUACUGAAGAGGACAGCUCAAGCUAUUGAACCAUACAUUACCAAUUUUUUUAAUCAGGUUCUGAUGCUUGGGAAAACGUCUAUCAGCGAUUUGUCAGAACAUGUCUUUGACUUAAUUUUGGAACUCUAUAAUAUUGAUAGUCAUUUGCUGCUCUCAGUUUUACCCCAGCUUGAAUUUAAACUAAAGAGCAAUGAUAAUGAUGAACGCCUGCAAGUUGUUAAACUACUAGCAAAAAUGUUUGGGGCAAAGGAUUCAGAAUUGGCUUCUCAAAACAAACCACUUUGGCAGUGUUACUUGGGCAGGUUUAAUGAUAUUCAUGUACCAAUACGCCUGGAAUGUGUAAAAUUUGCUAGUCACUGUCUCAUGAACCAUCCUGAUUUAGCAAAGGACUUAACAGAGUAUCUUAAAGUGAGGUCACAUGACCCCGAGGAAGCUAUUAGACAUGAUGUUAUUGUGUCUAUAGUUACAGCUGCUAAAAAGGAUAUUCUUCUGGUCAAUGAUCACCUACUUAAUUUUGUCAGAGAAAGAACUUUAGACAAACGGUGGAGAGUGCGCAAAGAAGCCAUGAUGGGACUUGCCCAGAUUUAUAAGAAAUAUGCUUUGCAAUCAGCAGCUGGAAAAGAUGCUGCAAAACAGAUUUCAUGGAUCAAAGACAAAUUGUUACAUAUAUAUUAUCAAAAUAGUAUUGAUGAUCGAUUGCUUGUUGAACGGAUCUUUGCUCAAUACAUGGUUCCCCAUAAUUUGGAAACUACAGAACGGAUGAAGUGCUUAUAUUACUUGUAUGCCACACUGGAUUUAAAUGCUGUGAAAGCAUUGAAUGAAAUGUGGAAAUGUCAAAAUCUGCUCAGACAUCAAGUAAAGGAUUUGCUUGACUUAAUUAAGCAACCCAAAACCGAUACCAGUGUCAAGGCCAUAUUUUCAAAAGUGAUGGUCAUUACAAGAAAUUUGCCAGAUCCUGGUAAGGCUCAGGAUUUCAUGAAGAAAUUCACACAGGUGUUGGAAGAUGAUGAGAAAAUAAGAAAACAGUUAGAAGUACUUGUUAGUCCAACAUGUUCCUGCAAACAGGCUGAAGGUUGUGUGCGUGAAAUAACUAAGAAGUUGGGCAACCCCAAACAGCCAACAAAUCCUUUUCUGGAAAUGAUCAAGUUUCUUUUGGAGAGGAUAGCACCUGUGCACAUAGAUACUGAAUCUAUCAGUGCUCUUAUUAAGCAAGUGAACAAAUCAAUAGAUGGGACAGCAGAUGAUGAAGAUGAGGGUGUUCCAACUGAUCAAGCCAUCAGGGCAGGUCUUGAACUGCUUAAGGUACUCUCAUUUACACAUCCCAUCUCGUUUCAUUCUGCUGAAACAUUUGAAUCUCUCCUGGCUUGUCUGAAAAUGGAUGAUGAAAAAGUAGCAGAAGCUGCACUCCAAAUUUUCAAAAACACAGGCAGCAAAAUUGAAGAGGAUUUCCCACAUAUUAGAUCAGCUUUGCUUCCUGUUUUACAUCACAAAUCUAAAAAAGGACCUCCCCGUCAAGCCAAAUAUGCUAUUCAUUGUAUCCAUGCAAUAUUUUCUAGUAAAGAGACCCAGUUUGCACAGAUAUUUGAGCCUCUGCAUAAGAGCCUAGAUCCAAGCAAUCUGGAACAUCUUAUAACCCCAUUGGUUACUAUUGGUCACAUUGCUCUCCUUGCACCUGAUCAAUUUGCUGCUCCUUUGAAGUCUUUGGUAGCUACUUUCAUUGUUAAAGAUCUUCUCAUGAAUGAUCGGCUUCCAGGAAAAAAGACAACUAAGCUUUGGGUUCCAGAUGAAGAAGUUUCUCCUGAAACAAUGGUCAAAAUACAGGCGAUUAAAAUGAUGGUUCGAUGGCUACUUGGAAUGAAGAAUAAUCACAGUAAAUCAGGAACUUCUACUUUAAGAUUGCUAACAACAAUAUUGCAUAGUGAUGGAGACUUGACAGAACAGGGGAAAAUUAGUAAACCAGAUAUGUCACGUCUGAGACUUGCUGCUGGGAGUGCUAUUGUGAAGCUGGCACAAGAACCCUGUUACCAUGAAAUCAUCACAUUAGAACAGUAUCAGCUCUGUGCAUUAGCAAUCAAUGAUGAAUGCUAUCAAGUAAGACAAGUAUUUGCUCAGAAACUUCACAAAGGCCUUUCCCGAUUACGACUUCCACUUGAGUAUAUGGCAAUCUGUGCUCUUUGUGCAAAAGAUCCUGUAAAAGAGAGAAGAGCUCACGCCAGGCAGUGUCUGGUAAAAAAUAUAAAUGUGAGACGCGAGUAUCUGAAGCAGCAUGCAGCUGUUAGUGAAAAAUUAUUAUCUCUUCUACCAGAAUAUGUUGUUCCAUAUACAAUUCACCUUUUGGCACAUGACCCAGAUUAUGUCAAAGUACAGGAUAUUGAACAACUUAAAGAUGUUAAAGAAUGUCUUUGGUUUGUUUUAGAAAUAUUAAUGGCUAAAAAUGAAAAUAACAGUCAUGCAUUUAUCAGAAAGAUGGUAGAAAAUAUUAAACAAACAAAAGAUGCCCAAGGACCAGAUGAUGCAAAAAUGAAUGAAAAACUGUAUACUGUGUGUGAUGUUGCCAUGAAUAUCAUCAUGUCGAAGAGCACCACAUACAGUUUGGAAUCUCCUAAAGACCCAGUACUACCAGCUCGGUUUUUCACUCAACCUGACAAGAACUUCAGUAACACCAAAAAUUAUCUGCCUCCAGAAAUGAAAUCGUUUUUCACUCCUGGAAAACCUAAAGCAACCAAUGUUCUAGGAGCUGUUAAUAAGCCACUUGCAUCAGCAGGCAAACAAUCUCAGACAAAAUCUUCACGAAUGGAAACUGUGAGCAAUUCAAGCAGCAGCUCAAACCCAAGCUCUCCUGGAAGAAUAAAAGGGAGGCUUGAUAGUUCUGAAAUGGACCACAGUGAAAAUGAGGACUACACAAUGUCUUCACCUUUGUCGGGGAAAAAAAGUGACAAGAGAGACGACUCUGAUCUUGUAAGGUCUGAAUUGGACAAACCUAGAAGCCGGAAAAAAACAUCAGCCACUGAUUCAGAAGAGAAAUUAGGUAUGGAUGACCUGACUAAGUUGGUACAAGAACAGAAACCUAAAGGCAGUCAGCGUGGACGGAAGAGAGGCCAUACAACUUCAGAGUCCGAUGAGCCACAGUGGCCUGAGGAAAAGAGGCUCAAAGAAGAUAUGUUAGAAAAUGAGGAUGAACAGAAUAGUCCACCAAAAAAAGGUAAAAGAGGCCGACCACCAAAACCUCUUGUUGGAGGAGGUACAACAAAAGAAGAACCAACAAUGAAAACUUCUAAAAAAGGAAGCAAAAAAAAAUCUGGACCUUCAGUAGUAGAAGAAGAGGAAGAAGAGGAAAGACAAAGUGGAAACACAGAACAGAAGUCAAAAAGCAAACAGCACCGAACUUCAAAGAGAGCACAACAGAACAGAGCAGAAUCUCCUGAGACUAGUGCACUUGAAUCCACACAAUCCAUACCACAGAAAGGACGAGGAAGACCAUCAAAAACGCCAUCACCAUCACAACAAAAAAAAAAUGUCCGUGCAGGACGCUCCAAACAAGCAGCCACUAAAGAAAAUGAUUCAAGUGAAGAAGUAGAUGUGUUUCAGGGUUGCUCUCCUGUCAAUGAUGAUAUUCCACAGGAAGAAACAGAAGAAGAGGAAGUUUCUACAGUAAAUGUAUGUUUUUAUUAAAAUGCCAUGUGUGAUAGUGAUAACCGGAAAGGUACGGCGGAGAAGUUCUAAAAGAGAAAGGCGAUGAACAAAUGUAAUAAUUUCUAUGUGAACACUUAAAAAAUCAUUUUUCAUCAAGCUUGAGGCUGAAUAAAACCUUUAAUACACAAAAUGGGACUGCUGAAGAGUGGACAGUUGGACCUCCCUUUGAUGACCUCAUAUAUUUGUGGUCACACUUUAGCCAUACACAUGGUGAUAACAUUGACUUGUGAAAGUGUAAUUUGCUAUGGCUAUGUAGAAAUAAACUAAAGAAGAAACUUGUAAAUAUAUUUUUCCUUUUUUUUUUAAUGUUUCUGACUUCUAGUGUGCUUGUAUAGCUUUUAUCUGUGGCUUUAAACUGACAGUACCCAACUGUUUAUUGGAUCUAUUGCUUUGAAAAGAGUUUGUUAGGAUAGAUCUUAAGCAGUCAUCUGUCAGUAUUUGUAUUUGUAUACUCUGCAGUUUUACUGUGAAAAAAUUAUUUUUCAACAAAUGGUGUCAUUUUCUUGAUGUCACUAUUGGUUGGAGAGUUAAAUGGUCUCUUUCCCGUGUGUAUCUUACCUAGUGUUAACCCCUAGGCACCCUUAACCUUCAGAGGUGCUAAAUCAUCUGCUAUUACACCUGAACGAUGCCUCUGAUGGGAGGAAACCACACAAAUUGUGAAAUACUCCUGAAGUUGAUUAUUUUACACCUCAGUAUUGGUCCCAGAAUUUUCUGGCCUUCUAUGGCAAUGAAAAUUUUAAGAAAAAAGAUUUAAAAUAUUUUAAUUUUAAAGAAUGUGUUAUAAAAUAAUGUACUAAAAUCUUUAUCCCAUUUUAUCAUCCCUUUUCAGUUCAUAUACUCUACUGUAUCAAUAAAAUUCUGUAAUUUGAAUUA